AUGGGACUGAGAAGUACAGCCGAGGCAAACCACCACGCCUCGACCCCUCAAGUAGACCAUUGCAAACAAUACAUUAUCCCCGCACUUUUAACACGAAACAUCACCAGGAAACGCGACACCAACUUUGAUGAAUUUGCUUAUCUUAUUGAAUCCUUCAAUAUGCAGUCUGUUAUUUUCAAAGGUCCUUUACAUGUAGCCCUUGAGGAACGCCCACGUCCCCAGAUUCAAGAUGCGACAGACGUGAUCCUGAAAGUCAGGUACACGGCCUUAUGCGGCAGUGAACUUCAUGUUUUUCGAGGCCACCAACCCUCAAAGAGUGGGUUCAUUAUGGGUCAUGAAUUCACAGGCGAGGUCGUGGAGACAGGUGACCAAGUGAAGACUUUUAAGAAAGGAGAGAAGGUGGUGUCACCAUUUACUGUCAGCUGUGGAGACUGUUACUAUUGCGCGCGAGGCUUCUCUUCUCGCUGUGCGCGAGGUCAACUAUACGGAUCAGUGAUCUUGGAUGGUGGUCAGGCAGAGUAUGUCCGUGUGCCUCUAGCGGAUUCUACUUUAUUUCAUGCCCCCGCGGCCAUCGAUGAGAAGAAGUUGGUUUUGAUGGCAGAUAUCUUCCCAACUGGGUAUUUUGCAGCUUCGAACGGGUUUAAGUCACUGAACCCGACAGAUGUUCAGGACAGUACGGUCCUCUUGUUCGGAUGUGGGCCCGUGGGUAUUUGUGCUUUAGUGAGCGCGCUCGAGCACCGACCUAAGAAGUUGAUUGCAAUCGAUAGCGUACCGGCUCGUCUCGAACUUGCAAGAAGUUUGGGCGCAGAGCCUUGGAACUUCCAAGAAGAUGAGUCGGGGCUUCGGGAGAGGGUCAAGGAACUGACUGAUGGCCGUGGCGCCGACAUUGUCAUUGAAGUUGUGGGACACAGCAGCGCGUUACGCAUGGGAUUUGAAAUGUUGCGCCCAUGGGGUGUUUUAUCCAGUGUGGGAGUACACAACGGCGAGAUUCCAUGGACUGGCAAUGAGGCCUAUGGAAAGAAUCUGCGUAUCCAGAUGGGACGCUGCCCUGUGCGAAGCAUCUUCCCUGAAGCUAUGGAUCUUCUGGCUAAGAAGCAAGAUGUGCUUGACUUUAUGGCCGAAGAUAUACGACCACUUUCUCAAGCCGUUCAGGCAUAUGACGAUUUCAACAAUAUGCGCUGCCAGAAAGUCAUCUUUGAGGCAGAUAAAUGA